ACCACCUCGAUGGAAAAUGGCUGCACACCGGGAGGUUUCACAGGUUAAAUCAAACAUCCCUCUCUCUGGGAGCAGCGUUUCAGGUGAGGAAGCAGCUGAGGAAGUGCAGUCCAACAUGAGGCCAAACAUGACUCUCGUGGUGCUGCUACUGCUAGCGGUGUGUUUCCUCGGUGUGUGUACGCUCUCACAUGUGGAGGAGAUGAAGACCCAGGAGCGGCUCUUCCUCGGCUCUCUGGGACUCUCCGGGCUGCCUCAGCCGGCGGGGAGCCACCAGUCCCGGCGCCAUGUCCCCUCCGCGGUCUGGAGGAUGUUCCGGAGGUCAGAGAACAUGAAGGCCCGGGAGAGCGACCCCUGCACGGUGUCAGAGUACGGAGUUCGCGGUAACAUCAUCCGAUAUGUUCAGGACCAAGGCAGGCUGGUGUCUGGCUGGAGCAGCAGCUGUCAGGCAUGUCUGGAGAAGCAGCUUUACUUCAACAUGUCCAUGCUGCAGCCUGUGGAGCUGCUGUCUCUGGCUCAGCUGGAAAUCAAGUUCCACUGGAAACCCUUCAGUUCUGCGGAGCUCCUGCAGGGGCCACGGACCCUCAGUGUGUCUCUGUAUAAAGUGAUUCGAGCCACGCUAAGGGGCGCCAAUCCCCAGGCCAACCGCAGACUCCUGCUGUCCCAGUCAGUCCAGCUGCAGCCUGAGCCCUCCUCCAUCACCUUGGACCUCACCUCCCUGGCAGAGAGCUGGCGCAAACCGGGACGCAACUACGGUUUGGUUUUGGAGCUCCUGCCUUUCAGCGUAGAUGCGAAAGAGCUUCUUCCUUUUCAUCCUGGGAACUCCCUCCCUCUGGAAACAGCCUUCGCCCUGCCACUGAUUCAGGCCAUGCUGGUGGCGGUCUCCCUGAACCCCCACCAGUGUCACACCAGACAAAGAAGGAACGCCAUCCACCUCCCAGUGACCCCCAGCAACGUGUGCAAGGCCCGCCGCCUCUACAUAGACUUCAAGGACGUGGGCUGGCAGGACUGGAUCAUCGCCCCGCAGGGCUACAUGGCCAACUACUGCCACGGCGAGUGCCCGUUCCCGCUCAGUGAGAGUCUGAACGGGACCAACCACGCCAUCCUGCAGACCCUGGUGCACUCCCUGGACCCCAACGGCACCCCCCAGCCCUGCUGCGUCCCCAUCCGCCUCGCCCCCAUCUCCAUGCUGUACUACGACAACAACGACAACGUGGUGCUUCGGCACUACCAGGACAUGGUGGUGGAUGAGUGCGGGUGUAGAUGAGUUCUGUGGACUUUUCUAAAUAUCAAAUAUCCAACCGUUAUUUUUGUAUCUUCUUGGUGUUUAAGUGUCUCAAUUUCCUUAUUACACCUCAUGCCGUUUUGAUUGUUUGUUUGAGUUUCAUUGUAAAAUGUUCUUUGCACUCAAGGAUUUUAUAGAUUUUUUUAACAUUUAUACUUGUUAUCCAAGAAAUGUUGACACGUCUCUUAAUAUGAAGUUAAUAAAAAUUGCAAUAAAGCCAAAGUGGAGGAUUUACUUUGAAAGACAAGUU